AUGAGGGUUCCUGGACGUCUCGCCGCUGCCGCCGGUCGCGCAAUACCCAGAUGCCCAACACCCGUCUCAAGACCCAUCAUCCAUCGAUUGGCACAGCAACCCACAAAACGGACGUCCCGGACACUGCACCAGCAGACUCCAACGAGGGCUCAAGCUGCUGUAAACGUACGGCAAGUCCAAAAUGAAGAGAUUCCUCUGUCGUCGAACCCGGCACUCUCGUUCCCAUGCCUCGACGCUGUCGAGUCUCGAUCUGCAUUACUCCAGCGCUCUCGCCGCUCACUGUCCGGCCCGGAACCCUCGUAUACGAGCGGAAAGCACCAGGACUUUCACUCGAAACAACCCCUUCUUCUGGAUUGGGGAGGCAUAUUACCAGAGUUCAACAUCGCCUACGAGACCUGGGGACAGCUGAAUAAGGACAAGAGCAAUGCCAUUUUGCUUCACACGGGACUGUCAGCAUCGAGCCAUGCGCACAGCACAGAGACAAACCCAAAACCGGGCUGGUGGGAGAAAUUCAUCGGUUCUGGAAAGCCGCUUGAUACGGACAAGUACUUCGUCAUUUGCACGAAUGUGAUUGGGGGAUGCUACGGGUCGACAGGGCCGUCUUCGAUCGAUCCCGCGAACGGACAGCGAUAUGCCACACGUUUUCCUAUCCUUACACUGGAGGAUAUGGUUCGAGCGCAAUUUCGACUGCUGGAUGCACUCGACAUCAAGAAGCUCUACGCCAGUGUUGGUUCAAGCAUGGGCGGCAUGCAGAGUCUCGCGGCGGGAGUGCUCUUUCCUGAGCGAGUGGGCCGCAUAGUCAGCAUCAGCGGUUGCGCGCGCAGCCACCCGUAUAGCAUCGCUAUGCGCCACACUCAACGCCAAGUACUUAUGAUGGACCCCAAUUGGGCGCGUGGUUUCUACUACGACGGCGUGCCUCCGCAUGCCGGAAUGAAGCUUGCUCGUGAGAUCGCGACGGUGACCUACCGAAGUGGACCCGAGUGGGAGCAGCGGUUCGGACGGCGGCGGGCGGACCCGUCGCGGCCACCAGCCUUGUGCCCCGAUUUCCUCAUUGAAACCUACCUCGACCAUGCAGGAGAAAAGUGGUGUCUGGAAUACGACGCCAACAGUCUUCUGUACGUUUCAAAGGCCAUGGACCUAUUCGACCUGGGACUCGAGCACCGAACACGCAUCAACCGCCUUCGACAGGAGAACAGCGGCAAGCUCCAAGACUUUAUACAAGGCGGUGCCAGAGUGCCAAGUGCCACCGACGACUUGUGCAAUCUCACACUGCCCGAGAAACCAUACGAAGAGAAGGAGCAGCCUGCAGAGGCGAGUGUCGGCAGCGAAGCCGCCCAGGGUGUUUCGGAUAUCAACGAGCCUCCCGCCGAUCUCGUGGCUGGCAUGAAACCUCUUGCCAAUACCCCAGCGCUUGUCCUUGGUGUGGCGAGCGACAUCUUGUUCCCCGCUUGGCAGCAGCGUGAGAUUGCGGACACGCUGCGACAUGCAGGCAAUCGCAAUGUGACACAUAUCGAACUGGGCGAAGAGCACUCACUUUUCGGUCACGAUACGUUCCUGUUGGAUUUGGAAAAUGUGGGAGGUGCUGUGAAAAGAUUUCUGGGAUGA